ACACAACUUUUGCAUAACGCAUAGUGCAUGGCGCAUAAGAUAAUUAAUCAAUCAGUGCAGCGAAAAAGAACAGGUCAUAUCUCUAUGGUACAGUGCCAGUCUAUAUCUGUAAGAUCUAUGACUGUGUCACAGUAUAGAAGAAUUCCGUGGAAUUCCGCGUGAUUAAAUGUGUUACGAAGAAACGCAGUGGGACAGAAAUCCAAAGGAAAAGGAAAAAGAAGAAACACAGAUAUGCGGAACAUCGAACCGGAUAAAUGAAAAAUGUCAUUAUCUUGAGUCGUAGUUCUUUUGUCGGAUUUAUAUAAUAGCGCAGGAAUAUUUGUCAACGAAAAGUAUUAACAAUUUAAGGAAAUUUGAUCAAUUUGCAGCUUUUAUGUGAACGAUAUAUAAGUAUUUUUGGGUCUCUCGUUUUAUUUUCUCGCCGAGACUAUUGUCACUGUACGUGGAAUUAUACGAAUGGGCGUAGAUUAAUGUACAUUGAUAUAAUGAUGAUGAAAAAAAAAAGUUAAGUGCAAAAAGGGGAGCGGCUCGAGACUGAGUAAUACCUGGCUACGUGACGAUCCUAACCUUAUUCGGCGAUAAAAUGAAAUCUGGGAAUAUGGACAAGCAUAGGGGCACGAUACUUCUAAAACCAGAGGAGAAUGAACAAAUCUUCCAGUUGAUAGGAAAUCGAUGCCAGUGUUUAGCAGCUGGUGUUAUACAAUUAUAUUUAACGGAGGCUCCCUUACAUAAAAAUUGGAUUAAAAAAAAUACAGGUAUUAUUACCCUGAUUAGAGACAAUCCAAGACGCAGUUUUUUUUUGCGAUUAUAUUGUUUACAAAGGAAAAUAAUGUUAUGGGAACAUGAAAUUUAUAAUUCAAUGGAUUAUAAAGCACCAAUGUCAUAUUUUCAUACAUUUGAGGCGGAGGAUUGCAUGGCUGCAUUUAAUUUUGCAAGUGAAACUGAAGCCAUUACAUUAAGAAAUAUACUUCUUGGAAAAUUAAAUGCUAAACGUCAAAGAAGGCAAGAAAGGAAAGCAAAAGAAAUGCAAGGUAGUAGCACUUUGCCUUGGAAGAGUCAAAGUAGCCUAUCACCCUUUACUGUGACAUCAGGUUCAUCAAGUAAUCUGUCAAAUGGUGUGCCUGCUACAGCUGGUGUUAAUAGAAGCGCUUCUAGCAGUUCAAUGUACAAAACUAAAAAGAAAAAAAGUGAUCAAGAUCUUAAGCGCAAGCUGACUAAGGACGAUAUUAGCCUUCCUUCUAAUUUCAGACAUGUGGCACACUUAGGCUGGGAUGUAAAUAAUAAAGGUCUCGAAUUGGAUUCUGUAGAUUCGCAAUUACAACAAUUUUUUAAUAACGCUGGUGUUUCGGAAUAUGAACUUCAAGAUAAAGGCACUCGAAAGUUUAUUUAUGAUUUUAUUGAAAGGAAUGGAGGUAUGAGUGCAGUGCAGGAAGACAUUCGGCCGACAUUAGUUAAUACAAAAAAUAGUAAUCAGCCUCCUGCUCUGCCGCAAAGGCAGGAAUAUCCUCCACCUGUUCCAGCGCGAACAAUACCUCAUCAGAUACGCACUGCUCCACCUUUACCUCCAAAUCGUUUCAACGCAUCUUCUACAUUACCAAGCGUGCCAUCUAGCCUAUCUCCGAGUGUAUCUUUGAAUGCUUCAUCAAAUGUAUCAGUUUGUACACAGAACUUGAAUGUACACAGAACCUUACCAUCAAGACCACCUCCACCAAUUACAUCAGCACCGUCUCUUCCACCUCCUCCGCCUCCACCUCCUUUACCAGCUUCUGCUUCAAAAAUUAAUACGAACAUUCCCACACCACCGCCUCCGCCACCUUUACCAGAUUUGAGUACCAACAAUUCAACAAUCAAUACAAACGUUACUAAUAAUAAUAAUGAGGAAUCAAUUAUCGAUCUUAGACCAAUGCUUAUGGAAUCUAUUAGAAGCGGCACAACUUUAAAGAAAGUUGAUAAGACAGAAACUAAACCUGCAUUAGUUGAAGAUUCAAGGGGAGAAUUACUACGACAAAUACGUGAGGGUAUUGAAUUGAAACCCGUUCGAAACGAAGCAAAAUUGAAUACAGUACCUGCACCUCGUGGCGGUUUGGCCGAUGCAUUAUCUAGAGCUUUAGCUGAACGAUCUCGUGCAAUUCAUAGUGAAAGCGAAGAAACCACUAGUGAUACCACUGAUGACGACGAAUGGGAUGAUUAAAUUGGGUGAAAAGUUAA